CAACAUUUGAGGCAGAUACUGACUUGGUGCGCAGGCUCAACAACAAUAUCAAGAGGCCCAAGAGCGUCUGAAGUGGCUGACAACGCAAGGACCCGGGAGCACGGGGCCCUUUACUCUGCCUGCCCUAGACCUGGACCUAUCCAACACAGCGACCAUCCGCCCACGUCGUCAUCGCAGUUCUCUGACCAGCAAUGUUUCGUCCCCUAUGAAUUUCACGGCCAUGGAACCUUCGUUCUCGGGUGGUAUCAAUUACAACCCCCCUUCCACAAGCUCGCCUACCUUUGGACCCAGCUCCGCUUUCUUCAAUAUCAACAAUGGAAUGACCAUUCCAGGCUUGUCAAGUCAGGCCGCCGAUGCCAUUUCCGAACUCUCGUUUAGCAAUCCUCAAAUGAGCCCCCGGGCUGACGCGUUGCUUCCGUCCGACCUCCUUGGAGAUGAAGAGCCACCAGAGCUUCCCCGGCCAAUCGUGCGACCUGUAAUGUCCGAUGUUGAGCAGUCGAGUGGCCAACUUGAAGGUUUCCCACAAGGUCCGCCAUCGCCAGAGUCUUCCGAGAGCAGGCCUGGAAGUAUCUUUGCUAGUCCACAUGAGAAUCAGAACCAGGAGCCUGACUCUCAGCCCAUACGCCUAGGAGAUGCCGCAGAGGCUCCGAAAAGUGCCUCGCGGCGACUCUCUGGUCUGUUCGGCUUCCAUCGUCCUCGCGGUAAAACGCUCGCAGAUGAACCGCCUUUACUAGGCACUCUGAAGCCAGGACAAAGUCAGUCUUUUCCACGGAAUCUGGACGAAAUGGAUCCCAUCGGUGCCAGGCGCCGCCGCCUGAGCUAUACAGGAAACUGGGCCAAUCCGAUGUCAUUGUUCCCAAGGAGCAACACCACGGGUGUCACCGCCGAUAGUUCUUCCGAUCAUAUGCCGUCCCGGCGGGCCGCUUUGACCAGCAUCUUCUCCCCCAGCAGGUUUGGAUUCGGCAGUGGGAGCAGUCUGAUGAAGUCUGGCGAACAUUCUGAUCUUAGCACUGGAUAUAAUCAAUUUAGUCCUAGGCAUGAUCCGAUCGACCCCUCGUCAAUUCUCGGUACUGUGCGACGGGGCUCGUUGUCGCCAAGGCCAUCGUCCACAUUUUCCUUUGAGAAUCAACUUCCCCAUCCAUCCACAGACAAUCAACAUUUCGGCUGGCCGUCGGCAGAGAAACCGGGCCAUAGAAGCCCUCUAGGAUUCAGUUGGGCUUCGCCAUCGACUUGGUCAAGAGCCCAAUCACGCCGGCAGUCUACUUCGUAUGGCUCCUCCGGCCACUUACCUCUGGGACUCACAGGGGAACCUGAUUUCCUUGAAGACUCUUCUUUUGAAAGACUUGGACGACCCUUACAGGCGCCCAUUGGUACGAGACCAUCAUCUUCGCAUCGGCCCAUAACUCCGAAACUGAAUCCCACUGCGCCCACCUUCAAGACCGUUUUUACCAAGGGUUCGGAGAAGGGUAAGGAUAAGGAUGGGGAAAUGGAGAUAGACAAUGGGGCAGAUACCUCAUUUGAGUUUCUUAUGGACGAUGGGUCACCGUCUGAGCCUCGUACCUCUAAGGAAUCUUAUUCCCGCUCUCUGACUGCCUUUACUAGGGAUUCGUAUGAAUCUCUGGAACAGUUUCCUUCCGCGGCUUCUGCGGAUAAUAGUAGCUCGAAAGAGUCAUUCAUCCGGAAAAUCACGCGGAAGGGCAGCUCGGGCAAGUUCAGCUCGUGGAAAGACCGCUCAGGCCUGUUCUCGAAGAAGGGGGAUAGCAGCCAGGGUGAUAUCGAGGAAGACGGCAAUGGCGAAUCACUGCUCGCAAAGAGCGUGGACAGCACUGUCUCCAGCGCUCCAUCCGCGGACAGGUCGACCAGGAGCAGCCUUGGAUUCUUCAGUCGCAAAUCUAAGAAGGCGGAUAAGGCGGCCAGUGAAACAAGUGAACGGCCUAGUGAACAAGCCAGCGAAACAGGCGGCGAGGAACAUUCAGAGGAUAUUCAUACAUGAUAGUACUCUUAUUGUCACUGGUUAUAGAGAGUGGGGGUUCCGCUGAUUGAAAGACUUCGCAGCGUCUUUGCACAAUUUCAUUAGAUAUAAAACAUAGGAUAGUAAUCUUUCUUGGAUGGCGUAUGCAUGAUCCCCGGUUGUU